UAUAACUCUAUAUUGGUUGAUGGUCAGCUUUGCAUGGACAUACCAGACUGAGAGAGGAAGCUGUGGACCCUUUAGAAUUUGGUUUGGUUUAGAUAAUGAAGCUGAUCUGAGAAGCAGAAUGCUCCAAUCAAGCACCCACAUGCCAUGUAUAAAGCAUGUUUUGAAAAGUUACCAUUAAUACUAGAAACAGACCCAUUUGUGAUGAACUCCAGAUGAUUCCACAGAUAUUAAUAUGAAAAUCUGGAAGUAAUUCAGAGAUUCUUGCACUGUUAAAGAAAUUGUGACACACUUUGGAACUAGCAAAAAUGAAAAUGAUUCAUAGCAUCUUUCCUAAGUGGGAUUUUUUUAAACAUUUAUUUUGCAGUGGCUUUAAGUACAAGCCAGUUAGGUAACAACAUCAAUUUUAAUAAACAAAUGUUUGUAGACAAAGUUUGAAAUGGAAAACAUCUGCAGAACAGCAUCAAAAGAAAAAUAUUUGAGAGCUUUCCCUCAACCCCUCCCAAAAGGGAUUUUAAAUUUUUAUUUUAAUUUUUUACUCUUGAACUGUAAAAUGUUUGAGUGUUGGGCAGACAAAUGGCUAAUAUUGGCCUCAGUUCAGUAAAGAUCUGCAAGAAAGAAAGUAUUGUGACUUUUUUUUAUUGUUUUACCUGACAUAUGUUAUUUCUCUCACAUCACUCAAGCAAAACUCUCAUUGGCCUUCAGAGGACAUUUGACUGAACAAAGCCUUUAGGAGAGGGAAUGAGAGAAUAUCCUUGGCCCUCUUCUAUCAUGGCACUGUUGCCAGAUGCUGCUGGGGGUGCAGUGUGAAGCAGCCCCCAGGGUACCCGAGGAUCUGACCAUACAUCGCAAGGAGCAAUCCUGCAGCCAAAAGGGAGGGAACAGAGAAACUAAGAGGUCUUUUCCAUCUCUAAUAUAUUGGAUUCCAUGAUUCAUUCUGCUAAAUGCUGGGAAACUUUUCACAGUUCGAAAUCUUUCCAUUGUCAUCAGGUUUCAUUGGAUGUACAUCUUUGUAUCAGAGCAUCCUGGCGGGAUCCUGGAAGCAAAGCUUAGCUUGUUCUACAACAUGUGGAGGAUUAAAAGAUAUCAGAGGCAUUAAAAACUGACAACUGUAAUUUUAAUAUGCCAGGUAAACAGACAGAAUGUCCCAUUCUCUGAAGAUGAGCCUCAGAACACUGCACUUCAGGGGCUACUCAUGAUUCUGGGAGAAAUUCCUGCUGAGGUGAUCAGCCAACUGAUUCUGGCCCCUGGGAGAAGUCUUGCUGCCUAGCAGGAUAAGCCAUCUGCCUGAAGUACUGCUGGGAAUAUUGACAGUAUUGCUGCUGCUGUUGCUGAGCUCCAUAAUGAUGACUCUUAACUUCUGGUAUAACCCGCAAUGAACAAACAGUGGCUGGAGAGUCCUUAAAGGAAUGCAGCAUCUCAUUAGUCUUUUUGGAAAACAAGAACUGAUCAUUGAAGAACAGCUCAGCUGCCAGCAAAAGCAGGUGCUCUCACCGUAUCUGAGCUCCAGAGGAAACAUUUAGGAAAUGGAAAACCUGAUGCUUGGCUGCAGUUCCUGUAAAGUUAUCUGGACACUGCUUAUAACAAUUUUAGGCUAUACCAGCUGCCUGCCUGUGGGUGAUGAUUCUGUUUGCACAGCAGAGGAAGUUGCUAAGUACAGCAUAGUCUUUGUAGGGAAAUGGAGUCAGGCUGCUUUCCCUAAGCAGUAUCCCCUUUAUAGGCCUCCAGCACAGUGGUCUUCCUUGCUAGGUGUUACCCAUAGUUCUGACUAUAACAUGUGGAAAAAGGAUGAAUAUGCCAGCAAUGGUGUGCGUGAUUUUGCUGAAAAGGGUGAAGCAUGGACAUUAAUGAAGGAAAUAGAAGCAGCUGGAGAAAAAAUUCAAAGUGUGCAUGGAAUCUUCUCAGCUCCUGCCAUUUCCAGUGGUACAGGACAAACUUUCGCGGAAUUAGAAGCACAUUCAAGACACUCCUUAGUUUCUUUUGUUGUACGAAUUGUGCCCAGCCCUGAUUGGUUUGUGGGUGUUGACAGUCUAAAUCUAUGUGAGGGAGAUCAUUGGAAAGAACAAGAAACAGUAGAACUUUUUCCAUAUGAUGCUGGAACAGACAGUGGUUUCACAUUUUCCUCACCAAACUUUGCCACUAUUCCACAGGAUACUGUUACAGAGAUCACUUGUUCCUCUCCAAGUCACCCAGCAAACUCAUUUUAUUAUCCCAAGCUAAAAAGUUUGCCACCUAUUGCUCGAGUAACCAUUGUAAAACUUAAAAGAAACCAGCUGGGUCUUCCUGGUCCUCAGCCUAACCUGACUGCGGUAGGCAAUGAAAUAGAUGACUCUGUCUCAGAAACACCAUUGGACUGUGAGAUUUCACUGUGGUCUUCCUGGGGUCUUUGCAGAGGUACUUGUGGAAAGAUAGGGACCAAAACCAGAACUCGUUAUGUACGCCUUCAACCUGCCAAUAAUGGAACUCCUUGUCCAAACCUGGAUGAAGAAACAGAAUGUGAACCAGACAAUUGUGUCUGAAAUCUCCUUUCCAAUGGAAUAAAGAAUAGACGAUAAUUUAGAUCAUUUAAAUUAAGGUUAGAUUUAGUUGAAUCUAUACUCCAUGUCAGUCACUAUUCCUUAUAAUUCAGGUAUGUUGUAAUGUUUUAUUGAAAUGUUUAAUUAGACUGGAUGCUGAUUCUAUUGUUUGAUAUCAAGACUUUUUUUAAUUACUUAAUUUUAGUCCAACAGUUUUUGAUCAUUUACAGGGAAAACAAAACAAAAUCCACGGAACCCAUUCCGUGCUACAAAUAUUGUGUAAGUUCUUGCAGUACCAUCUAGUGGCAGGAAAGAAAAUUUUGGACAUACUGCACAGUUCAUUUAUGUUAACAAAUCUUUUGAGUACAAUCUAGAUUAUCACAUACAUUCUUAAAUAUUAGAAUUUGUAGAUUUAAAUUUGUUUAUUUAUAUCUGUAAAGCUAAUUAUUAUGUUGCUGUAAAUUAUGUUUUAUUAUAAUUUAUUGGCAUUAAUGUUGACUUCUUUUAUCAUGUUUAAUUGAGUACACUUCUUUGGAAAACACUUAUAUAAACCAGAGUGACCAGAUAUUGUAACAUAGUUAGGACAAUAAAAUAACUGCGUAAACUUGUCUUGAAUCCUAUGCAUGCAGAGCGAGAGGUUUGUUUUUCCUCAGACAUUGGAAAAAUGCCAACUACAAAACUACUCAGCUCAGAAGCUUCAUAUAAGCACUCAAAAGUCUGGAUACUAAUGGAGAGCCACUGAACUCAGUUGAGUUGAAUCAGUUUUCCAGAUUUAAAAACUGACUGAUCUUUGGUGUGGAUCCCUACACAAAUAAACUGACUGGGAAAUAACUGGUGAAAAAUUGUAAAGUCUGUUCAGCUGACUAUAAGUUAUACCAUUUUCUACAUGUAUGAAAUAAAUGUGUCCAUGUUUCUCUAAAA